UUGGCUCAACAAGCUGCUGCUUUGCAGACCUACAACAAUGAACUCGUCAAGUGUUUUGAUGACCUGUGCUCCAAGCGAGAAGAAUUGAGCCUUCAGAUCAAGCUGGAGGAGGAAGAAAAGGAACGACUUCAGCAUGACAUCCGAAGCCUCUCGGAGAAGCUGAGCAGAGUUAAUGAAAGCCUGGCACAAAAAAUGGCCGCACACAACACCAUCGACCGCACCAUCGCAGAGACUGAGGCUGCAUACACCAAGAUCUUGGAGAGUUCACAGUCCUUACUGAGUGUCCUGAAGCAGCAAGCGGGAAACUUCAGUAAAACCUCAGAGCCCCGGAGGAAAGAGCACUGAAUUUGUAGAGGAAGUGCUUCGAGAAAGACUGCACAAGGAACUGUUUCAAGAAUUUGGAUUUGAUUUUAAGUUUUUGCACUAAUAAAUGUUAAAUACUGUCCUC